ACUUCACUUCUAUACUGUUACACAGCUGCGUGGAAGGGAUGACCCUCCAAAAUCUCUCUCUUGUUACUCUUCUCUGCUUCAUUUCAUUUCUAAUCCGAGUUAACUCGACUCAGCCUCCGUUUUCAUGUGACGCAGCAACCCAAUCCUACUUAUUUUGCCAUACCUCACUACCCGUCAGCCAAAGAGCCCGGGACUUGGUAUCCAGGCUCACAUUAGAUGAAAAGAUCUCGCAACUCGUUAACUCAGCUCCUGCCAUUCCCAGACUCGGUAUUCCAGCUUAUCAAUGGUGGUCUGAGGCACUACACGGUGUAGCAAAUGCAGGCCCUGGCAUUUUUUUCAAUGGAAGCAUUAAGGGUGCCACUAGUUUUCCUCAAGUCAUCCUCACUGCCGCUUCAUUUGAUAACUAUUUAUGGUAUCGCAUUGGUCAGGCGAUUGGAACUGAAGCUAGAGCAGUGUACAAUGCUGGGCAAGCGAUUGGGAUGACAUUUUGGGCACCAAAUAUUAAUAUAUUUAGGGAUCCAAGAUGGGGGAGAGGGCAGGAGACACCUGGCGAGGAUCCAUUGGUUACUGGAAAGUAUGCAGUCUCAUAUGUGAGAGGCCUUCAGGGAGAUACUUUCGAGGGAGGAAAGCUCAAAGGGCAUCUUCAAGCUUCAGCUUGUUGUAAGCAUUUUACUGCUUAUGAUUUGGAUAGAUGGCAGGGCACCACUCGCUACAUCUUUGAUGCUCGUGUCACUUCUCAAGAUUUAGCGGACACAUACCAGCCUCCAUUCCAGAGCUGUGUAGAGCAAGGUAGAGCAAGUGGAAUAAUGUGUGCUUACAACAGAGUUAAUGGAGUUCCAAGCUGUGCAGAUUACAAUCUCUUGACCAAAAUUGCCAGACGGCAAUGGGGCUUUCAUGGGUACAUCACAUCGGACUGUGAUGCCGUCUCCAUUAUCCAUGAUGAUCAAGGGUAUGCAAAAUUACCGGAAGAUGCUGUAGUUGCUGUGCUUAAAGCUGGCAUGGAUGUUAAUUGUGGAAACUACCUGCAGAAACAUACCAAAUCAGCUGUACAGCAGAAAAAACUGCCUGAAUAUGAAAUAGAUAGAGCCCUUCACAAUCUCUUCUCAGUUAGAAUGAGGUUAGGACUUUUUAAUGGUGAUCCGAAGACACAGCCUUUUGGCAAUAUUGGUGCAGACAAUGUCUGCUCUCCUGCUCACCAGGUUCUAGCCCUUCGAGCAGCUCAAGAUGGUAUUGUCCUAUUGAAGAACUCUGGCAAGCGCCUCCCAUUGCCAAAAUCCAAAUCCAUCUCCCUUGCUGUUAUAGGCCCCAAUGCCAAUUCUGCUCAAACACUUCUAGGAAACUAUGCAGGUCCUCCGUGCAGAUCAAUCACACCAUUGCAAGCAUUGCAAAACUAUGUCAAAAACACAGUUUAUCACCCUGGUUGUGAUACAGUGGCAUGUUCUUCAGCUUCAAUUGACAAGGCAGUGGACAUUGCAAAAGGAGUGGAUCAUGUGGUGUUGAUUAUGGGAUUAGACCAAACUCAAGAGAGAGAGGACCACGAUCGCCUGGACUUGCUGCUCCCGGGGAAGCAACAAGAGCUCAUCACCAGUGUUGCAAAAGCUGCAAAGAAACCAGUUGUUCUAGUGCUUCUUUGCGGAGGUCCGGUUGACAUAUCUUUUGCCAAGUCUGACCACAAUAUUGGAAGCAUAUUGUGGGCGGGUUAUCCUGGUGAGGUUGGAGGCAUUGCGCUUGCUGAAAUCAUCUUUGGUGACCACAACCCAGGAGGAAGAUUACCGAUAACUUGGUAUCCACAUGAUUUCGUCAAAGUGGCAAUGACAGACAUGAGAAUGCGUUCUGAAUCAACUUCAGGCUAUCCAGGGCGCACAUACCGAUUCUACGAAGGCCAAAAAGUUUUUGAAUUUGGUUAUGGUCUCAGCUAUUCUAAGUAUUCAUACAAGUUCAAUUGUGUCACUCGUAAAAAACUUUAUUUAAAUGCGACGUCAACUUUGAAGAUGGUGGAGAAUCAAGAUGUUGCUGCUUACCAGCCAGUUUCAGAGUUGGGCACUGAAUUUUGUGACACCAGGAAGUUCACAGUCACUGUUGGAGUUAAAAAUCAUGGAGAGAUGGCAGGCAAACAUCCGGUGUUGCUGUUCGUCAAACAUUCAAAGAAUAAAAAUGGGAGGCCAUUGAAACAGUUGGUUGGAUUCCAAAGCGUGAUUUUGAAUGCCAAAGAAAAAGCUGAAAUUGAUUUUGAGCUAAACCCUUGUCAGCACCUUAGCAUGGCUAAUGAGGAUGGGUUAAUGGUGAUGGAAGAAGGAACUCAUUUCUUGGUUGUUGGAGACGAAGAAUACCCUAUUAGUAUUGUUGUUUAAUAAGCAGAACUAUUUCUUCAAAACAUGAAGCCAAUUGCUAGAUUGAUCUUGUAGAUCAGUCCGCCGAAAAAGAUCUCUUCGGAUACGUAAAGAAACAUUUUUCAAUUAUGUUUUAACA